AUGGAGCACUACGUUACCAUUGCAUCUUGUCAACUGAAUCAAUGGGCCCUCGACUUUGAGGGGAAUCGGGACAGAAUCAUUGAAUCAAUCAGACAAGCAAAGCAACAAAAUGCCCGUCUUCGCCUUGGUCCUGAAUUAGAAAUAACUGGUUAUGGAUGCGAGGAUCAUUUUCUUGAAACCGAUACUUAUACCCAUUCAUGGGAAAUGUUUUGCUGGAUUAUAAAGCAUCCAGAUUGCCAGGAUAUUUUACUUGAUAUCGGAAUGCCUGUCAUGUACAAGUCAGUACGCCAUAAUUGUCGUAUGGUAGCUUUAAAUGGAAAAAUCUUGUUAAUCCGACCUAAAUUGUGGCUUUGUGAUGAUGGAAAUUUCCGUGAAUCUCGCUGGUUCACACCUUGGUUACGUCCUCGUGUUGUUGAAUCAUUCUAUUUACCCACCUCCGUUAGUGAAUCGCUUGGACAAAAGCAGGUUCCCAUUGGUGACGCCGUUCUUCAGUGUAAGGAUACCGUUGUUGGUAUUGAGACUUGUGAAGAGUUGUUUACCCCUGACAGCCCUCAUGUUGAUAUGGCGCUGGACGGAGUAGAAGUAUUUUUGAACGCAUCCGGCUCCCAUCACGAACUUCGAAAAUUAUCUACACGUUAUGGGCUUAUCAAAAAUUCUACGCAGAAAUGUGGCGGUAUUUACUUGUAUAGCAACCAGAGAGGCUGCGAUGGUGGUCGUUUAUACUAUGACGGCUGUGCUAUGAUUCUUGCUAAUGGAGAAUUGUUAGCACAAGGCAGCCAAUUUUGUCUGAAAGAUGUGGAAGUCAUUUCAGCUACGGCUAAUGUUGAUAAAGUUCGUUCAAAUAGAUUUCAACCCUCGCACGGAAUACAAGGAAUUACUCGCCCUGCUUAUGAGCGUAUUUACAUCGACUUUAGCCUUAGUUCUUUCAAGCAAAACUUUGACAUGCACUACAAGCCUACUGAAGAAAGGCCUAUUCAUAUCGUUUCUCCCCAAGAGGAGAUUGCUUAUGGGCCUGCCUGCUGGCUUUGGGACUACUUAAGAAGAUCUCGAUCUAGCGGAUUCUUUUUACCUUUAAGUGGAGGUUUAGACUCCGCUGCUACAGCUGUAAUUGUUCAUAGCAUGUGCAGGAUUGUUACUAAUGCCAUUAAAGACAAUGUUUUAGCUGAUGUCCGUCGUAUCGUUGGUGAUGAAAAUUAUACCUCGACCUGUCCCAGGGAGCUUGCUAGUCACAUUUUCUGCACAUCUUAUAUGGGGACUGAAAAUUCAUCUAAAGAAACAAGGAACCGCGCUAAGGAACUUUCUUCUCUUAUUGGUUCAUACCAUGUGGAUAUGAACAUUGAUACAAUGACUCGUGCAGUUGUAAGCCUAUUCGGUAUGGUAACAGGAAAAACUCCUCAAUUCCGUUCCCAGGGAGGAUCUAAUGCCGAGAACUUGGCUUUACAAAAUAUUCAAGCAAGAUCGAGAAUGCUUUUAUCCUAUCUGUUUGCUUCGCUUUUACCAUGGGUUCGUGGUUAUUCAGGAUCUUUGCUUGUUUUGGGUAGUUCCAAUGUUGACGAAUGUUUACGUGGAUAUCUUACGAAAUACGAUUGCUCUAGUGCUGAUAUCAACCCGAUCGGUGGAAUUUCAAAAACUGAUCUUAAAUCAUUCUUACAAUUUACCAAAGGAGAAUUUGAUUUACCAAUCCUUCAAAACUUCUUGGAUGCUACUCCAACCGCUGAGUUAGAACCCGCCACCAAUAAUUAUGCUCAAAGUGAUGAAGCUGAUAUGGGAAUGACUUAUCCCGAACUUAGCAUUUUCGGAAAACUCAGAAAGAUUGGAAAGUGCGGCCCCUUGAGCAUGUUCAAUGAAUUAAUUCACAAAUGGGGCGAUCACCUUUCUCCUACUGAGAUUGCUGCUAAAGUCAAGCGAUUCUUUUAUUACUACGGUAUUAACCGUCAUAAGAUGACUACCCUUACACCAAGUUACCAUGCUGAGACUUAUGGUGUUGACGAUAAUCGCUAUGAUCUAAGACAAUUUUUAUAUCCCUCUUGGUCAUGGCAAAACAAGAGGAUUGACGAUGUUGCUGCUAAAUAUGAAGAACAUGAACGAAUGAAUAAAAGUCAAGCAAAAUGA